AGUCCAACGCAGAGCUAACUGGGAAAUGUUCCGGAUGUUGACCAAGACCAGUGUGACGCUGGGCAGCAGAGCUGCAGGUUGGGUACGGACCAUGGGCUCACACCAGCUGCUGGUGCCACCCCCAGAGGCCCUGAGCAAGCCCUUGUCGGUUCCUAAGCGGCUCCUGUUGGGUCCAGGGCCCUCCAACCUGGCUCCUCGAGUGCUGGCAGCCGGAGGGCUAAGGAUGAUCGGCCAUAUGCAGAAAGAGAUGUUUCAGAUCAUGGAUGAGAUCAAGCAAGGCAUCCAGUAUGUGUUCCAGACCAGGAACCCUCUCACACUGGUGGUCAGCGGCUCGGGACACUGUGCCAUGGAGACUGCCCUAUUCAACCUGCUAGAGCCUGGGGACUCCUUUCUAGUGGGAGCCAACGGCAUCUGGGGAAUGCGGGCUGCAGAGAUUGCUGAGCGCAUUGGAGCCCGUGUGCACCAGAUGAUCAAGGAGCCUGGAGAACACUACACAUUGCAGGAGGUGGAGGAGGGCCUGGCCCAGCACAAACCAGUACUGCUGUUCUUGACCCACGGGGAGUCAUCCACUGGUGUGAUGCAACCCCUAGACGGCUUUGGGGAGCUCUGCCACAGGUACCAGUGCCUAUUCCUGGUAGACUCUGUAGCAUCGCUGGGCGGGGUCCCCAUCUACAUGGACCAACAAGGCAUUGACAUCUUGUACUCUGGCUCCCAGAAGGUCCUGAAUGCCCCACCAGGGAUCUCCCUCAUCUCCUUCAGUGAUAAGGCCAAACACAAGGUCUACUCUCGGAAGACAAAGCCGGUCUCCUUCUACAUGGACAUCACGUAUUUGGCCAAGCUGUGGGGCUGUGAGGGCAAGACCAGAGUAGUUCACCAUACCACGCCUGUCAUCAGCUUAUACUGCCUGAGGGAGAGUCUGGCGCUCAUCUCAGAGCAGGGCCUGGAGAAUUGCUGGCAACGGCACAGGGAAGCCACAGCGUAUCUGCAUAAACGCCUGCAGGAGUUGGGCCUGCAGCUCUUUGUGAAGGACCCGGCAAUCCGGCUACCCACAGUCACCACGGUGACGGUGCCUGCUGGCUACAACUGGAGGGACAUCGUCAGCUACGUGCUGGACCACUUCAACAUUGAAAUCUCUGGUGGCCUUGGGCCCUCUGAGGAGAAGGUGCUACGGAUUGGCCUGCUGGGCUCCAAUGCCACCACGGAGAAUGUGGACCUCCUGGCCAAGGCCCUGAGGGAAGCCCUGCAACAUUGUCCUAAGAACAAGCUAUGAGCAAACUUUCUCCCGACUAUGCACUCCUGAAGCGGCUGGAAGUAUCACAGGAACAAAAAGAUCGUACAAGGCCACCAGGCCUGGGGACACAAAACUGCUGACACAGCCCGGCGAGGUGGGAAGGAACAGCGUGAAGCUGCCCAUCUCCCCCCAGAUGGGACCUUGUGGACCCAGGGUGGUAAUCACCAUCCAAUAGUGCUGCAGUGUAGAGGCCGCUGCCCUCUGGGAAGAAUCAAUAAAGUGCCAGUCACGCCUC